UUUUUUUAUCACGAAUUUGUCUUUAAAAUAAAUUAAUAAAUUGAUGAUCUUAUCUCCAAUUUCAAGUUAAUUGUAAAUCAAAUUGGUGUGGCUUAUGUCGAAUUUUAUCUUGGCCACACCUUAAAACAAUUGUAUUGGUGUGUUGUGUUAACAUACGCGUCCAUCUUCCAAUUGCUAGUAAACAUUAUAACACCUCAUUUCCUAUAUAAACUAACGAAAUAUCUUCAACUCUACCUUGCUUCCAGAUUUUUUACCAAUAACCAUUACCGUAAAAGAAAAACAAAUCAUCAUGCAGUUUAACCAAGACCAGUCAAAGGCUACACUAAAAUUUGGUAGGAACAAAAAAGUUACAAUAAAUUCGUGGAAGGGGUAUGUUUACGUUCACUUGGAGAACAUUCCAAACCAAAAAUCCAUUUCAUUAGGAGCAGAUGAGAUGGAGCAGUUAAUGGAAGUCUUUACAAGAAAUUUUGCGGAUACGAAGGAAGUGAUUCAAAAUAAGAAUAAAAGAUUAUAUCCCAAAAAGGAAGAGAAAAGCGCAGACUACGAUAUCGCCACACAAAAACCACCACAGCAGGAAGUAGCUACAUCUCCCGUGAAAUCAACCAACAAGAUCACCAAACGAAAACGGAAACUGACAAAUGUUAAGAACAAUCCAUCUGUUCUGAGUGAAGCGAUAGAAAGUCGCCACAAGACUAUAGGAAGUGAAGAAGAGAAGCAAACCUUCACCACAAAGAGACCGAAGGUUAUCGAAAUAACGGACUCCUCCGAAUCGGAUUUCGAAUGAGAUUAUAUGUGUAUAGACAUUUAAAGAAAAAAAAAAAGUAAAUA